AGAAAAGAAGAGAGGUGAUAAAUUAGGGUUUGUUUUUUGAAUCUGAAAAUGGGAAGUGAAGGCAAUUGCAAGGUUUGUGUAACCGGAGGUGCAGGGUACAUUGGCUCAGCUCUGAUUCACUUACUUCUACAAAAUGGUUACACUGUGCAUGCUACUCUAAGAAACCUAGGUGACGAAUCCAAGGUGGGACUAUUGAAAAGUUUUCCAUGUGCAGAAGAAAGGCUUCAUUUGUUUGAAGCCGAUAUUUACAAGCCAGAAGAGUUCGAAAAGGCAAUACACGGAUGUGUCUUUGUUUUCCAUGUUGCAACCCCCAUGCAACACACUUGUGGCUAUAAGUACAAUAAUACAGUUGAGGCGGCUGUUAACGCGGUGAAAAAGAUCAUUGAUGCUUGCAUUCAGUCUGGGACGGUGAAGCGGCUCAUCUACACAGCUUCCAUUGUUGCAGCUUCGCCUUUAAAAGAUGAUGGGAGCGGUUAUAAGGUCUCCAUAGAUGAAAGUUGUUGGACACCCCUUCAUCUCGACGUCCCUUACGAAAAUGAACAGUUGAAGGACUACACAAACUCUAAGACAAAAUCAGAGCAAGAAAUAUUGAAAUUUGGGGAAGAGAAAGCAAAUGAGUUGGAGGUAGUGACAUUAGGUUGUGGGCUUGUGGGGGGAGGAGGAUGUCUACCAUACCCUACAACCAGUGUGUUGUUGUUCAUAUCACAAAUUGCCAACAAUUCCACAUAUUACCAAAGUCUAAGGUACUUGGAAGAAUUGUUAGGGAAAAUUCCAAUUGUUCACAUCGAGGACGUUUGUCGAGCACAUAUCUUUUGUGCAGAGACGCCAUCAAUUAAUGGAAGGUUCUUAUGUGCUAGCUCGUAUGUAACAACUGCAGAAAUUGCAAAGUUUUAUCAAAAAACGUACCCAGAAUUAAACAAAGAGUGUUUGGAAGAACAUGGGAGAGAAAUUAAAUGGGGAUCCAAGAAGUUGGAGGAUAAAGGUUUUACUUACAAUUAUAGUGUAGAGACGAUCCUAAAUGAUUGUCUUGAAUGUGCAAUGAGAUCAGAUGUUAUCUAGAAAUAAAUUAAUGAUUAUUUGCAAACCCUUGUAUAAAUGCAUGUUGUGGUCAAUAAAGAUUUUUAUUCUUACAA